GCACAGGUGGGCAGGGACGGGGUUGGUGGUGGCAGGGGAAUGGGGGAGCACAGCCACCCGGAGAGGACUUGGCAGUGUCAGGCAACCCUCAGCAUUCAUCCGGCUCCUUCCUACUGGCACGCUGCCUCAAUCUGAAGAGAAGUCCAAGUUCUUUUUAUUUUUCUGGAAAAAGAGGCCUUUCCCAGGGGCCCAGGACUGCCCAAGAGGACAAUGGAGUCUGGAGCUCGCCCAGUUGGUAGCAGCUGUAGCAGCCCUGCAGCACUCUCAAGGGAAUACAAACUAGUGAUGCUGGGUGCCGGUGGAGUUGGGAAGAGUGCCAUGACAAUGCAGUUCAUCAGCCACCGAUUCCCAGAAGAUCAUGACCCCACCAUUGAAGAUGCCUAUAAGAUCCGGAUCCGCAUUGACGACGAGCCCGCCAAUCUGGACAUCCUGGACACAGCAGGACAGCAGGCAGAGUUUACAGCCAUGCGGGAUCAGUAUAUGAGAGCAGGAGAAGGAUUUAUCAUUUGUUACUCCAUCACGGAUCGUCGAAGUUUCCAUGAAGUUCGGGAGUUUAAACAACUGAUUUACAGAGUCCGCCGCACCGAUGACACACCGGUGGUUCUUGUGGGAAACAAGUCUGACCUAAAGCAGCUGAGGCAGGUCUCCAAGGAAGAGGGAUUGUCUCUGGCUCGAGAAUUCAAUUGUCCCUUUUUUGAGACCUCUGCUGCCUAUCGUUACUACAUUGAUGACGUUUUCCAUGCUCUCGUACGGGAGAUUCGUAAGAAAGAAAAGGAGUUAGUACUGGCCAUGGAGAAAAAGGCUAAGCCCAAAAGCAGCGUGUGGAAGAGGCUGAAGUCGCCAUUCAGGAGGAAGAAGGACUCAGUGACCUGAGUGAAGUGGGCAGCAGCGCUGUGAGCUGCAGUGCUCCUCCACGCAGUCAGUACUCUGCACUAGUGAGCAUGCUGUUUGCUCUCCUGCUAUGUGCUUAUUCUAAAUGUCACUGGCGAGGGGACUUGCCUACUGGGAGUUGUCACUGACUUACUGUCUAAAGCCCUGUGCUAGGUGACUCUGACUCAUGAACUCAUCAGGGCACUGUCCACUCCUUAGUUGUCACAUUAGAAUUUGGUUGGCCAUUGUUUUGGUUAUGUUGCUGAUGUAAAUUUAUUCGUGUAAAUUGUUUAUACCCAGGAGAGUAUGUGAACCGUGUGCACUUGACUGAGUUUACAAAGGAACUCUGUGUUGUAUUCUUCCCACCACCCUUCAACUUGAGCCUCCUGGUACCGUCUCACAGAAGAACCUCUGCCUUGUUUAGCCACACUGUGCAUCCUAGAGACAGCAAAGAUUGAGUAGCGAAACUGGCGCUAAAGGUGAGUAGGUGUCUGCUGAGUGGACUCCUGUCAUGGACUGUGGAGGGCCGAGGUUUAAGCUCACACAAGAAGACGUGGCCAGAAACAUGCAGGGUCAGAACAGUGCUCCUACAGUGAGAGAGAGAAGUGCACAUUUGACCCUGCUGCUCAGGUGGUAAGGAGACAGGAGCACAUUUCUCCCUGAACUUGCUUGGUUCUCCCUUCCCUCUCUGCCCUCUUUACCUGGGCAACCUGUUUCUGGGUCUGGGACCACUGCCAAUCACUCAAAUCUUAUUUAAAUCCUUUUUUGGGCUAGGCAUCACUUCUGUACUCCUCCUAAGUCUGAAGCAGGAGGACUACCAUGAGUUUACCGUAGAUUACAGAAUGAGAGCCUGUCUCAGAAAAACAAAACCACAAGUAAAUAAAAACAAAUUCUUUCUUAGGACCAUUUUACCACGACCUUGUCCAGUUUUCUAUCCCCUUUGAAAAAUUAGGUGAGGCCUGAUGAUUUUUCACUAGACUAAUGUUAUUGUCCAAACAGAAGAGCCAUCAGGGGGCUGAGUAAAAUUGUUGUGUUCCCUUAACCUCAGCAGUCCUUAGAUAGACUCGGGGCUGGACAGUGUGUGGCGUGUCUGUCCGAUGGAGCAGUCUUGAAGCUUUAGGAUCACAUGUGUGAAUUGGCUUCACAAUCAGAAGAUUUCCUCAGAGUAGUCAGAGCAGCCUCAGAGAACUCCUGAAGCAGCUCUGUACGUGAUUGAGACUAGUCGUGCACGGAGCAGCUUGAACUGUUAGGGGUCAACUCUCUGUCAUGGGGUCAGGAUUAUCUUGCGGUUCGAAUGUGCUGUGUGUGGCACAUUCAGGAGAGUCGGGGUCACUUCAGGCUCAGGGGCCAUGGGCAGCCCCUCUUGAAAGCUGCCACUCAACUUCUUGCUCCUCGUUAUCAGAGGAAUGGCAGAUCUGGAUCCAGAUCCCAGAAGGAGUGUCUGCUGGGACUUUUAAAUUCUGGUUAGUUGUCUUUUGAAGAGCCUGGUACCUUUUCGCUACUAUGCAAAUUGCAUUUUAAUAUUGAAGCCAUCAAAAAAUGAAAGACCCAGGAGCUAGCGAGAUGGCUUAGGGGUUAAGAGCACUGACUGCUCUUCCAGAGGUUCUGAGUUCAAAUCCCAGCAACUACAUGGUGGCUCACAACCAUCUGUAAUGGGAUCUGAAUCCCUCUUCUGGUGUGUCUGAAGACAGCUACAGUGUACUCAUACAUAAAGACAAUAAAUAAUUUAAAAAAAAAAUGAAAGACCCAAGUCCAAGCCUGUGAAACAGAAGCCGCAGCACUUAGGAGAAGCAGCAAAGUAGGAAGAAAGUGCAGCAGCCAUUGCUUAACAAUAUCUCACUGCAUAAGGACUGCCAGACUGAACGCCUUCACUGCCCAGUUCUCCCAGUCUGUGGGAUUGUCAGCAGUACCAAGCACGGCACUGACAGCCACAGCGAUUGAAGAUUGUCAAGGCAAUAGGAAACCACUGCUAGGAAGACCUGUAUGAAAAGGAUUCAUUCUGUAGGAGGAAAACUGCAGUGAGUGUUUUAAGGCUAUCCCUGUUCCACGUUGGAUCCUGGACAAGCUAGUCCCUUAAUCUGCAUUGAGAAUUGUAUUCAUGGUGCUGGGUAGCUUCAGAAGUGCAGUGUGUGAGCUGGAGGCCUCCUCAGUGGUCCAGUAGCUAACUUACAAGCUUUAGGUCAUCAGUAUUGGCCAACCUGAAGGCAUGAAAAUCAAGUGUUCCCUGGAAUUUUGAAGAGAAGACUCAGGACAAGUUGAAAGGCACUGAAACUGUUUGUGUUAAAGCAGAUUAGUAAUUACAAAUAAUUAUAAUUGGUGGGGAGAUAUGUUUUAACCUUGAUAUAUUAAAAAGUAUUGCGUGUCACCUGGGAAGAAGUUCUUCACUAGCCCACUCACAUAUGAAGACAAUCUGUGCAGCAUAAUACACGAGGUUUAAACACGA